AUGAAAAUUUUAUUCUAAAUUUUGUUAGCCAUAUUGUUUGCAUGGUUUUUGGUAAAUGUAGAGGAUUCUGUGGCUAGAUCACUUAGAAUUCUGAAUAACAAUACUUAUAAACCAUAAAGGAAGAAAAUUCUCUUAGCUUUCUCUAGUGAUGAAGACAUUUAAGUUUAAGCAAUAAGUUUAUUAAGAGAGCUAUAAUGCAGUAAAGAGGAUAUAAAUAAAAAGAAUAUAUGUGGAAAUAUAUUAUUUUACUUUGAAAAUGGUUUGGGAUCUGAAUUACAUAUUACUGAUGAUUUUGAAAAUAUCGUGGAAAUUUCGAAGAGAAUUUCAACAUCCAAAGAUUUAGGAGGAAAUGCAGCAUAAAUGGCUUUAAGAGCAUUUAAAGUAUAUAUAUAUUAUUAACAUAUAAGGAAGGUGGUGAUGUAUAUUUAUCAGCUAUUAUGUCAAAACAUUAUUAUAAGAACUUAUUCAAUGAAUCAAUAACCAUGAUACCUUCAAGUUUUUUAAGAGAAGAUAUUCAAGAUGUGCAUAUAGUAGUUAAUUUUGAUGAAGGAGAUGUUUUUGAUACAAUAAUCUGUUAGCAUACAAAUAGAUUGUAUUUAUAGAAUGAUUAGGAUAAUUUAAAGUUUCCAGGAUUAGAAUAUUUAGAAGCAGAUAUUGAAAAAAUACAUCCUGAUUUAUUGGUUAUUGGAGGAUUUUAAUUGAUGAAUUAAAAACCUAAGAAAGAAUAUUAGGAGAUUAUUUUAAAGUUAAAACAGAUCUUAGUAAAAAGCAAGAAUCAAUUAAAAAUUCAUUUUGAAAUGGGUGCUUUUAAUGAUGAAAAUCUAUUAAUGUAUUUAAUUGAACAUAUUUUACCGCAUGUUCAUUCUACUGGGAUGAAUGAAUAAGAAUUAUAACUAUUGUAUAAUUUCAUUACAAGAGGUCAAUUGGAAUAAAAACAGAUAAGUACAAAUUAAUAGAUAGAGAUUGUGAUUAAAUUAAUUUAAACAUUGAAAAUAGAGAGGUAUUGAUUUUAAAUUAAUUUUAGAGUGCACUUUCAUUCAUAAACUAUUUAAAUGAUUUGUUCAAAUUAAGCAUGGGGAGAAAUUAAACCAGCUUUGCAUCGAUCAAUACUUGUGGGAUUAAUUUAAGCUAUGAAACCAUAAAAUGAUUUUAAAGUUGAUAAUCUAUUUCAAGAUACAUCACAUCUUCAAGUAAUUAAAUGAUUACUCUAUAGAUAUUAUUGGAAUAAGAAGAAGUUACUCUAUUUCCUACUAAUAAUACCAUAAGCUAAGACAAUUUAAUUUAUGAAAUGAGCACAUGUUGGAAGGUUGAUUAUAGAUAAAAUAGUGAAUGUUGUAUUUCCCCAGUGUUAAUCAACCCACAUCCACAAAGAACAUGUGGUUUAGGUGAUAACAUAGGCAUCACUUCUUUGCUUUAUUAAUGAUAUUAAUAUACUAUAAAAUAAAAGUGAAG